ACAAUACAAAGGAUAAUGAGCAGUACCAUUUAAAUAUUCAAAAUCAGUUACAACUUGUUAGCAAAGAAAAAUUACUAAUUCAAAAUGAUUUAAACCUUAUAAUCCAGCAAUGUUUAGAAAUUUCAAAACAUGAUGAAUCACAAAAAUAUUUACAAGAUAAAGUACAACUAUGUGUAUUGAAUUACCAUAAUGUAUAUACAGAAUUUGUUAAUUUGUCUUGUGAUAUUGAAUCAUUAUUAAAAUGUCAAACCAUUACAGUAUCUAAUUUGAGAGAAGAAAUUCUACUAAAAUCUGCAGAAAUUGAACACUUGCAAAAACAGGUUCUUGGGUCCAGUUUACAGCAAGAAUAUGAUCGACUAGAAAAAGAAUAUAUGUUAAGGUCUUGUGAAUGUGAUGAGGCACAAGUAAAAAUAUUACAUUUAGAAUCAAUAUUGUCAAGAAAGGAAGAAUCUGAAAAUGUUCUUAAAAAUGAUUAUGAAUCAAAAUGUAUUGAACUGGAAGAAUAUAAGAAAAAUAUUAAAUUUUUAGUUUCUAGAAAUAAUUCAUUUCAAAUCAGAGUUAAUGAUUUUGAAGAUAAUGUUUUAGUUGAUUUAAAUGAAGAAAUUGAUUUAAUGAAAUCACAAUUGGCAAAAAAAACUGAUCAUGAAAAAAUGUUACUGGAAGAAAAGGCAAAUCUCAAAUGUAACUUUGAGGAACUUCAAGAACAAUUUAUUAAUGUCACUAAAGAAAUGAAACUUCGGGAAGAAAAAUGUGAAGAUUUGGCUACAAUUAUUAAUGUUUUAGUAAAUGAAAUAAAAGAGGCAAAGUCAGUUAAACAAAAUUUAGAGUCUUGUUUGAACGAAGCUGAACAUGAAUUACUCAAGUAUGGAGACCUCUGUGAAAACCUCAAAUUAGAAUUAUAUAGUGUGCAAAGGGAAUUAGAAAAUGCAUGCAUUAAAGCUGAGUCUAUAGAAAAACAGUUGCAGAAUCUUGAAUUUAAAUUUAAUGAUAAAAUUAAUAAAAAAUACAUUGAUGGUUGUGAUGUUAGAAAUCAAUUAAUUGAUCCACUUGUUGAUUUUGUACAUGAUAUUAAAUUGAAACUUACUGAACUCAAUUCUGCAAUGAUAUCAGGAAACCAAAGCGAAAAAAGUUUUAGAACAAAGGUUGUGUCAGGCAAUGAUUAUAUUUUACCUCAUGAAGAAACAUGGAAAAUGAGCUGUGACUCCCAACCUGAAUCUCCCAAUGGUGAAAUUUGUUCAGAAAUUCAUAAAUUACUUAAAUUAUUAAAAGAAAAAAAUGAUUUAAUAAACACUCUCCAUAUAGCAAAAAAUGAAAUGGAAAAAAAUAUUUAUGAACUACGAUGUCAAGUGAAAAAUCAAUCUGAUGAAAAUAUUAAACAUGUUAAUGAUAUACAAUUUAUGGAAAAUGAUCUAAAAGAAAAAAUGUUAUUGAUAAAAAAUUUAAAUUAUGAAUUGAAUGAUAUUCAACAAUUGUAUACCAAACUAAAGGAACAAAUCAAUGAAGCCCAAGAACAAAAUAUAAAACUUUCUGAUAAAAAUGAAAAAUUGAUUAGUAAUAUAACAUUAGUAGAAAAAAAUCUACAAGAUAAAACUUCAUUGGUAUGCAAUUUAAAGAAUGAAUUGAAUAACCUUAAAAUAGAACAUACCAAACUUGAAGAACAUAAUCAGGCAAAUAAAAAACUAAUUGACUUUAGCUAUGACAUUGAUUUAGAGUUAAAAAAUGGUAAAAAGAACAUUAUAAAUGAAAUUAAUCUUCUUGAACCAGGAAAAAUUACAGGCGUUCUUACUGAUCAUAAUUUGUCUAAUUUAUUGGAUACCUUUGUCAACCUUAUAAUGAUUAAAGAACAUCAAAUAGUAACAAACUUAGCUAGCAACCACAGCAAAAUUAUACAACUAUAUGAAGAUAAAAUCAAACAGAUGCAAGAAGACAUAAAAAAAGGGAAAGAAUGGCAAGAACAGGUUGAAAGUGAUAAUGAAAAACUUGUCCUUGAACUUGAAAAUCUCAAAUCUCAAAUUUCAAAUUUUUCUUGUACGGAAUUAAAGAUAAAAACACUAACAGAAAAAGUUUUGGAAGCAGAGCAUCUAUCUUUUAAUUAUUUGAGUGAGUUGGAAGAAUUAAAGGCUCAAUUGAGUAAAACAAGUGAACAAAACUUUCAGGCAUUAUCACAUAAAUUUGAAGUAUUUAAGACUAAUUCAGAGCAGUCUAUACAAGAAUUGAAAAAUAAACUUGAAAAUUUAACCAAACAGUAUAUUGAAACAUUAAAUAUGUGUGAAGUUCAAAAAAGUUGUCGUUUUAGUCUGGAAGAUCAAAUAGAAAAGAUUCAAUCAGAAUGUGCUUGUCUAAAAUCUGUUAUUGAAAAAAAAGAUGAAGAUAUUAAAAACUUACUUUUAGGACUUAAAUUGAAGACAAAUGAGUAUGAAAUAAUGAUCAAAAACCAUAGUUUACAAAAAGAAGAAAUGAGAAUUUUUCAUGAAAAGAAAAUUAGUGAUCUACAGUUUGAUUUAAGUAAUACGAAACAUAAAAUGUAUUGUACAGAAAAGUUGUUGAAAGAAAUAAAUAAAAAUAAUGAAAAUGAUAAAGUUAAAUUGAAUAUGAAUGAUUAUAGUUUAAUUGAUGUAAAUAAUGUAACCGACAAAUUAAGAACAAUACUAAAGUGUAAUGGUAAUUUGUCAGAAAUCUACGGAAAUAUAUGUUCAUUAAUGACCAAAUGUGAAUAUUUAGAAGAAGAAAUUAAAGAAUUGAAACAUGCUAAUGUCAACUUAGACAAUGAAUGUGAGUCUAUGUUAGAUGAAGUAAACAAUAAAAACAAUAAGAUAACUGAACUUUUGACUCAAGUAGAAGUGUUGAAUCGAAACACUGAACUGUUAACGGAAGAAAGAGAGUUUUUGAGGAACAAAUGUAAACAAUUUAAAAUCUUCAAUAAUGAUCUCAAAAGAUUAAAUGAUGAAAUAUGUAGUUAUGAGCAAAACAUUUAUGAACUUAGAAAAGACAAAGGUCAGCUAAUUGUACAACACAAUAAAGAACUGAAACAACUAAAAAAUGAACUACAAGAAGUCCAAGGCAAAAAUUUGGAACUGUUUAACGAGUACAGCGCAUUAUCUGAGACUGCUAAAAAUUUGGAAAAAUCACUGAAGGAUGACAUUCAACAAUUAAAUAGAUGUAUUGUGGAUAAGAAUGCAAAAAUAUCCACAUUAGAACUGUUUUCCAAAUCCUACUCCGAUGAUCUCAAAAAAAAAAAUCGUGAAUUGGAAAUUGUCUUUAAAAGGGCAAGAGAUGAGAAUCAUAUGUUACGCAGCGAAUUACGGCGUUUGAAAAAAAUUACAAAUGUGUGUAGAGCUGAUCAAUACACUCAGACUGUUGAAGAACAAAGCUUGAUGAGUAGUACAAUAGUGACCGACCAAAAAUGUAUGUUAGACAAGAUUGCCAAAUUUGAGAAUGAUAGUAAAAUUAUGAGAAUGAUGCUACAUCAUCGUAAAUCUAAAAUUGAAGAACUUGAAAAGCAACUCAAUGAAAGACAUAGUAAAAUAUAAUAAAUCUACUGUCCUUAAAUA